GGGUUUCUUCUUGAAAUACACGCAUGUCCGCCAUCGUCUGCUGUCUUUCCUCUUAGAACUUUCCAGACGCGUUUUUCCUCCACACGCCAGAAAAUGAGGGAGAUUGUUCAUCUUCAGGCUGGUCAGUGCGGAAACCAAAUCGGCGCUAAGUUUUGGGAGGUGAUCAGCGACGAGCAUGGCAUUGACCCGACCGGCACGUACCAUGGUGACAGCGACCUGCAGCUGGACAGGAUCAACGUUUACUACAAUGAAGCCUCAGGUGGGAUUAGAUUGAUGCGUAUUUGCACCAUUUUAAUUGGAUUCUUGCCUAAUUAUCAUGCAACUGCCUUUCUAGGCGGGAAGUAUGUCCCCCGUGCCGUGUUGGUGGAUCUGGAGCCAGGCACGAUGGACUCUGUGAGGUCUGGACCUUUUGGUCAGGUCUUCAGACCAGACAACUUUGUUUUUGGCCAGAGUGGUGCUGGUAACAACUGGGCCAAAGGUCACUACACGGAAGGGGCGGAGCUGGUGGAUUCCGUCUUGGACGUGGUGCGGAAAGAGGCGGAGAGCUGCGACUGCCUCCAAGGUUUCCAGCUCACACACUCCCUGGGUGGAGGCACCGGCUCCGGCAUGGGUACUCUGCUCAUCAGCAAAAUCCGAGAAGAGUACCCGGACCGUAUCAUGAACACCUUCAGCGUGGUGCCUUCACCCAAAGUGUCGGACACGGUGGUGGAGCCCUACAACGCCACGCUGUCGGUGCACCAGCUGGUGGAAAACACGGACGAGACCUACUGCAUCGACAAUGAAGCUCUGUACGAUAUCUGCUUCCGCACCCUCAAGCUCACCACGCCCUCCUACGGCGACCUCAACCACCUGGUCUCCGCCACCAUGAGCGGCGUCACCACUUGCCUCAGGUUCCCCGGGCAGCUCAACGCCGACCUGCGGAAGCUGGCGGUCAAUAUGGUGCCCUUCCCCCGUCUGCACUUCUUCAUGCCGGGCUUCGCUCCCCUCACCAGCAGAGGCAGCCAGCAGUACAGGUCGCUCACCGUGCCCGAGCUCACCCAACAGAUGUUCGACGCCAAGAACAUGAUGGCCGCCUGCGACCCGCGCCAAGGCCGCUACCUCACGGUGGCCGCCAUCUUCCGCGGCCGCAUGUCCAUGAAGGAGGUGGACGAGCAGAUGCUCAACGUGCAGAACAAGAACAGCAGCUACUUUGUGGAAUGGAUCCCCAACAACGUCAAGACGGCCGUGUGCGACAUUCCUCCCCGGGGCCUCAAGAUGGCCGCCACCUUCAUCGGCAACAGUACGGCCAUCCAGGAGCUGUUCAAGCGCAUCUCCGAGCAGUUCACGGCCAUGUUCCGGCGCAAGGCUUUCCUCCACUGGUACACAGGCGAAGGUAUGGAUGAGAUGGAGUUCACCGAGGCCGAGAGCAACAUGAACGACCUGGUGUCCGAGUACCAGCAGUACCAGGACGCCACCGCCGAGGAGGAGGGAGAGUUCGGCGAGGAGGACGAUGAGGAAAUGGGCUAAUCAUCCUAUUAUUUUUUUUUAAAUUUCCACCAGCCGUUCAGUAUUUAUUGAUUUUCUGUCUUCCAUUUUGGGACGUUUUUUCUGGUGCGCAUAUCAAAAUAAAAGUUUUGAAUAGCAAAAUG